UGGUAAAGUAGUGGAUGUUCUGGAACUCGGGCGGCUAUAGGCAAUGGAGAUGACGCUCAGCCGCGGGCACUGGAUGAGGCGCCACCUCGCAACCCUCUGCUUCCCUUUCUCUCCCACACCACUCCGCUUUCUCCCCAUCGCCAAUUCCCACCCUCUCUCUAAUGCCCGAUUCCUCUCUUUCUCAGCCGCUGCCACUCUCCAAUCCAACGUCUCCCUCAACCCUAAAGUUAGCAAAGGAGGUAUGGAAAUUCCAAUGAAGGGUUCCAUGGUUCUUUUGAAAGGGAUGAGAUAUCACGAGCUUGAGAAAUGGGUUCAGUCACAUGGUUACAGGCCUGGUCAGGCUAUGAUGUUAUGGAAACGCUUGUACGGAAAUAAUAUCUGGGCUCACUGCCAUGAAGAAUUAGAAGGUUUGAACAAGGAUUUCAAAAAGAUGUUAAGCGCACAUGCUGAAUUCAAGGCACUACACUUAAAGGAUAUGAUUUCAGCUUCAGAUGGAACCAAGAAGAUACUGUUCACUUUGGAGGAUGGACUAGUGAUUGAAACCGUCGUGAUUCCUUGUCCUAGGGGCCGGACUACAGUAUGCGUUUCUAGUCAAGUGGGGUGUGCUAUGAAUUGUCAGUUUUGCUACACCGGGAGAAUGGGAUUGAAAAGAAAUUUAUCUGCUGCCGAGAUCGUGGAGCAGGCUGUGUUUGCAAGGCGACUGCUCUCACAUGAAGUGGGUAACAUAACGAAUGUUGUAUUCAUGGGGAUGGGCGAACCACUUCACAACAUUGAGAAUGUUCUAAAAGCUGCUGACAUAAUGGUAGACGAGCAAGGUCUUCAAUUCAGUCCUCGUAAGGUUACUGUCUCGACUAGUGGCCUUGUUCCACAAUUAAAGCGUUUCCUUAAAGAAUCCAACUGUGCAUUAGCUGUCAGUUUGAAUGCUACUACAGAUGAGGUCAGAAAUUGGGUCAUGCCAAUCAACCGCAAGUAUAACCUUGAGCUACUUCUUGGUACACUUCGGGAGGAACUUCGCUUGAAACGCCACUACAAGGUCUUAUUCGAAUAUGUAAUGCUCGCUGGAGUGAACGACAGUGUUGAAGAUGCUAAGCGGUUGAUCAAUCUUGUCCAAGGCAUUCCUUGCAAGGUCAAUCUAAUAUCUUUCAAUCCCCAUUGUGGGUCGAACUUUAAGCCAACCACAGACGAGAAGAUGAUAGAGUUCCGCAACAUACUUGCUAAAGCAAAAGUAGUGGUCUUCGUACGACCCAGCAGAGGCGAUGAUCAGAUGGCUGCGUGUGGCCAGCUUGGCAAGCCGGGUGAAAUCCAGGCUCCCUUGCUCAAAGUCCCACUUAAGUUUCGGUCUUCGCUCUCAGCGUAGGGUUGGACCUUUUAUCUGAUUGUUGUGAUCUCUCUACGUGCUGUGUCUGUUUUAGCUUUUUUUGUAGCUCAUAGUUACUCCAUAAGAAUGCUGGGGAUAGAGGUUGAUGGAAUCUUUCAAUAUAUAAUGAUGUAUUAAUUCAUCAUUUUCUUAUUAAUCCUUAAUAUCAUAGUACUAUAGUAGUA